UCCGGGAGAGCUCCGGGUCUCGCCUCCGCCGCCGCCGCCGUCGCCGCCGCGGGCGCCGCCACCGCCGCCGCCGCCGCCGCCGCCGCCGCCCGAGCCCGCGCCGAGCGUGCGCCUCGCCCUCCUCCCGCGCCCGCUCUGCUCUAGGAUGCUGCGGCAGGUUCUGCACAGGGGCUUGAGGACGUGUUUCUCCCGGCUCGGCCACUUCAUUGCCAGUCACCCGGUCUUCUUCGCCUCGGCGCCCGUGCUCAUCUCCAUCCUGCUCGGCGCCAGCUUCAGCCGCUACCAGGUCGAGGAGAGCGUGGAGCACCUGCUGGCGCCCCAGCACAGCCUCGCCAAGAUCGAGCGCAACCUGGUCAACAGCCUCUUCCCGGUCAACCGCUCCAAGCACCGACUCUACUCGGACCUGCAGACUCCUGGGCGCUACGGCCGGGUCAUUGUCACCUCCUUCCAGAAAGCCAACAUGCUGGAUCAGCAUCACACCGACCUGAUCUUAAAGUUGCAUGCUGCUGUGACCAGGAUCCAGGUUCCAAGGCCUGGUUUUAAUUACACAUUCGCCCACAUAUGUAUCCUGAAUAAUGAUAAGACUUGCAUCGUGGACGACAUAGUGCAUGUUCUGGAGGAGCUAAAGAAUGCUCGGGCUACCAACCGGACCAAUUUUGCUAUCACAUACCCGAUCACUCACUUAAAGGAUGGGAGGGCAGUGUACAACGGGCACCAGCUCGGAGGCGUCACCGUGCACAGCAAGGACCGGGUGAAAUCUGCAGAGGCCGUCCAGCUCACCUACUACCUGCAGUCAAUCAACAGUCUCAAUGACAUGGUGGCUGAGAGGUGGGAGUCCAGCUUCUGUGACACCAUCCAACUAUUCCAGAAAUCCAACAGCAAAAUCAAAAUGUACCCUUACACAUCCUCCUCACUGAGGGAAGAUUUCCAGAAGACCAGCCGUGUAUCGGAACGUUACCUGGUCACCAGCCUGAUCCUGGUGGUGACCAUGGCCAUCCUCUGCUGCUCUAUGCAGGACUGCGUCCGCAGCAAACCCUGGCUAGGCCUGCUCGGGUUGGUGACCAUAAGCCUGGCCACUCUCACUGCGGCCGGGAUCAUCAAUCUUACUGGUGGGAAAUACAAUUCCACCUUCCUGGGAGUCCCUUUCGUCAUGCUAGGUCAUGGAUUAUAUGGGACUUUUGAAAUGCUAUCCUCUUGGAGGAAAACUAGAGAAGACCAACACGUUAAAGAGAGAACUGCAGCGGUCUAUGCAGACUCCAUGCUCUCCUUUUCUCUCACCACUGCCAUGUACCUGGUCACCUUUGGCAUAGGGGCCAGCCCUUUCACGAACAUUGAGGCAGCCAGGAUUUUCUGCUGCAAUUCCUGUAUUGCAAUCUUUUUCAACUACCUCUAUGUACUCUCGUUUUAUGGUUCCAGCCUCGUAUUCACUGGCUACAUAGAAAACAAUUACCAGCAUAGUAUCUUCUGUAGAAAAGUCCCAAAGCCCGAGGCAUUGCAGGAGAAGCCGGCAUGGUACAGGUUUCUCCUGACAGCCAGAUUCAGCGAAGACACGACGGAUGGUGAGGAAGCGAACACUUACGAGAGUCACCUAUUGGUAUGUUUCCUCAAACGCUAUUACUGUGACUGGAUAACCAACACCUAUGUCAAGCCUUUUGUAGUGCUCUUUUACCUUAUUUAUAUUUCCUUUGCCUUAAUGGGCUAUCUGCAGGUCAGUGAAGGGUCAGACCUUAGUAACAUAGUGGCAACUGCGACACAAACCAUUGAGUACACUACUGCCCAGCAAAAGUACUUUAGCAACUACAGUCCGGUGAUUGGGUUUUACAUAUAUGAGUCCAUAGAAUACUGGAACACUAGUGUGCAAGAAGAUGUGCUAGAAUACACCAAGGGGUUUGUGCGGAUAUCCUGGUUUGAAAGCUAUUUAAAUUACCUUCGGAAGCUCAAUAUGUCCACUGGCUUGCCUAAGAAAAAUUUCACAGACAUGUUGAGGAAUUCCUUCCUGAAAGCCCCUCAAUUUUCACAUUUUCAAGAGGACAUCAUCUUCUCUAAAAAGUACAAUGAUGAGGUUGAUGUAGUGGCCUCCAGAAUGUUUUUGGUGGCCAAGACCAUGGAAACAAACAGAGAAGAACUCUAUGAUCUCCUGGAGACCCUGAGGAGACUUUCUGUCACCUCCAAGGUGAAGUUCAUUGUCUUCAACCCAUCCUUUGUGUACAUGGAUCGAUAUGCCUCCUCUCUAGGAGCCCCCCUGCACAACUCCUGCAUCAGUGCUUUGUUCCUGCUCUUCUUCUCAGCAUUCCUGGUGGCAGAUUCUCUGAUCAAUGUCUGGCUCACGCUAACAGUUGUGUCCGUAGAGUUUGGAGUUAUAGGUUUCAUGACAUUAUGGAAAGUAGAACUGGACUGCAUUUCCGUGCUAUGCUUAAUUUAUGGAAUUAACUACACAAUUGACAAUUGUGCUCCACUUUUAUCCACAUUUGUUCUGGGCAAGGAUUUCACAAGAACUAAAUGGGUAAAAAAUGCCCUGGAAGUGCACGGGGUAGCUAUUUUACAGAGUUACCUCUGCUAUAUUGUUGGUCUGAUUCCUCUCGCAGCUGUGCCUUCAAAUCUGACCUGUACACUGUUCAGGUGCUUGUUUUUAAUAGCAUUUGUCACCUUCUUUCACUGCUUUGCCAUUUUACCUGUGAUACUGACUUUUCUGCCACCCUCUAAGAAAAAAAGGAAAGAGAAGAAAAAUCCUGAAAACCGCGAAGAAAUUGAGUGUGUAGAAAUGGUGGAUAUUGACAGUACCCGAGUGGUUGACCAAAUUACAACAGUGUGAUAGUGUCCACUUGUUUAAUUUUCACCCUAGGUCUUAUCAAGAUCAAAGAGAUUAUGUCGAUGAAACAAAUUCAAAGGUGAAUUUGUUUGAGGAUAAGAAAUAUGCAUUGCCAAAAAAGCCAAGGACAAGGGGGAAUAUGGGCACUGCAUAUUUUCAACCUUUAAAACAAAAGGAUUGUUACCAGAAAGAAUUUACACACACACACACACACACACACACAC